CACUUUCUUCCUGGAGCCAAUCUACUGGCUUCCUUCAUAAUUGUCAAGCAGACGAUUGGCCUCACUUUUUUAGCGGGUUACUUGGAGCCCCUUUACGCGCUGGGCAACUGCACAGCACAGUUGGACGUGGUGGUCAGUUUGGCGGUUGCUGCGGUUUCGGCACCUAAGCCUUACGUGCGUCCCCACGUUAAGGCACACCAGCCCAAUGGUAGUGGCGGCAUUCACAUACUCGACUUUCGUCAUCCCUGCCUCGAGUUUCAGGACACUGUCUCUGUCAUUCCCAAUGACGUCCAUCUUGAACGCGGUAAUUAUUUUCUAAACAUUUCAGAAAUGUUUGAUCUGUUUAAGGUUAACUUCGAAAGCUUCUUUGCCCUAAUUUUCUAA